AGGGCUGGGUGGGCGGGGCAGAGCCGCUUCGCUCUGGAACUCGGGUGUAUUGGGCACUGACCCUGUCGUGGCCCUUCUGCAAAUGGGCCGCUUAACCUCCGUGGUUUCGGGAAGCGGCCAUCCUGAGCUUGACUCAUUUUCUCCCUUCCAUUUCCAUAGAGUGGGAACCCCUGCCUAAGGGAGGGAGAGCCGGGGGCUGGAAAAGCCAGAGGAGUUUAUUUUCCUCUUUGGAUAGGAAUUUUGCAGAAUCAUCAAGUAAAUAACAUCUUUUAGAACUCUGAAGUUCUUAAAGACAAUUUCAACCAAAGGGAAGCAGGGAUCCAGCCCAGGACAGCCUGGAUGGUCGCUGGAUGAGGUCUAUCGCGCAGGGAGCAGAGGGGAGUGGAGCUCAGCAUGGGAGGAAGCAGGACCAGCCAGACCAGGAGCCGGGCAGAACAUGCCCUAGCACCCUGAAUCAGUGAGCUGUGGCAGUUACCAGACUUCUGAACCCAUAAACACCAAAGACAACAGAGAAGAUCAUGCAAGAUCAGAAGCUACCUUGUGUUUUGAUAAGUGGUUUUGAAGGACUGUAUAGUGUGAAUGAAGAUCAUGUAGGAUAUCUUAAGAAACAUUUUAAUCUUGUUACCGUGCAAGAAUUUCUUGAUAACAAAACACAUUUCAGUCAAAAGAUACAAGCACUAUACUUAUGGGGAGGGAAACUGCGUAUUGACCAGGAGCUCCUGCAGAGCUUACCUGCCUUGAAGAUUAUUGUAAACCCAGGAGCAGGCCUGGAUCAUCUGGACCUGAACAUGAUUGCAAGCUUUGGCGUGAAAUUGGCCAACACUCCACAUGCUGUUAGUAACAGCACUGCCGAUAUGGGAAUGGCCUUACUUUUGGCGUCAGCCCGGAGGUUAUUAGAAGGGCAUGAGAUAGCUACUUCACCAGACAUUAAGCAUUUUUCUAUCAAUUGGAUGGGACAAGAAGUGACUGGAUCUACUCUGGGAAUCAUAGGUAUGGGCAACAUUGGCUAUAAGAUUGCUCAGCGAGCCAAAGCAUUUGAAAUGAAGAUUCUGUAUCACAAUAGGAACCGCAGGAAGGUGGAAGAGGAACAGGCAGUUGGGGCCCAUUACUGUGAAAAAUUGGAUGAGCUGCUGCAGCAAUCAGACUUUGUAAUGCUGGUCGUCAAUCUGACACCCCAGACUCAUAAGUUGAUUGGGAAAAGAGAACUAGAACUAAUGAAACCUACAGCUUCUCUUAUAAACAUUGGCAGAGGUCAAUUGGUUGAUCAAGAUGCCCUGGUUGAAGCUCUUCAAACUGGGAUUAUUAAAGCUGCAGCACUGGAUGUGACUCACCCUGAACCUCUGCCAAGAUCUCAUCCUUUGUUAAAGCUAAAGAAUGUUAUUUUAACACCUCAUAUUGGAGGCGUAACUCAUCGAAGUCGACGUCUCAUAAUGGAAAAUAUGGUUGAAAGCCUUCUGGCUGCUCUCAGUGGCCUUCCUAUUCCUAAUGAAGUACAUCUCAAAUGAUUUGUUUGGAUGGAAAGUUCAUAAUGAUGAAAACUUGACAGCUUAAAUGACAAAAGCUUAUUUUUACUUUGCAUUCUUUAUAUAUGCUAGUACUUCUCUUCAUGAAAUUAAAAACUCAUAGAUUUUCACUUUAUUAUGUUUGAAGAGCUAACAAAGAAUAUGUAUUCCCAAGAAGCCUUCAGAGUCUAACACUGCACUGAAUAUAACAUAGUUAUGUAUCUUUGGUAGUCUUGUCUGUUAUUUUCUUUCUCUGUGGAGUUCACAGUAUUCAAAACUUACCUAACAAAAAAUUAACAAUAUAUAAGCAAACAUGGUAGAUAAGGCAAGAAAGAAACACACUGAUCUGGAUAGGGGAAGGAGCAGUGAAACCAAAAAUUGGAAGGAAAUGCAAAAACAUUUGAUAAGCAUUGACUAGUUCAGGCCAGCUUCUAAACAGAAUUGUAGAGUAGAACGCGUUAUUUUUCCACCCCUAUUUCUGCCUUACAUCCUCUUUUUCAUUCACCCUGCAGCUCAUAGCCCUCGUUUUGCCCUUUGGCUAUUGUAGAUGCCCCUGAAAUUGUAUAAUGAAAAUAAUUAUGUUAACUUAGCAUCAGUGACUCCAUUUUAAGUCUCUAUUUUGUGAUUGAGAUGUUUUGAAUAAGUAGUUUUGCUAUUAGAAAUACUUUUCUGUACUGUAGGUUGUUUUUCAAUAAGAAGAUGAAUAUUUACAUGAUAUAGUUUGAUCAACAACAUUUGUGUUUCCAAACAACUAAUAAACAAUAUGUAAACCUUCAGAUAUGAAAAACCACUAAUAAAAAUAUUUUAACCUAUUGUAUCAUUUAACCUAUUGUAUUUCAACCUAUGUUGUAUCAACAACUUAUUUAGUUUUCUAACCACAUUAUAUGGUAAACUGAGUAAUAAAGCCAUCAGAACUUCA